UCGCACUUUUAAGCAAAGAAAAAAACGACAUGACUUAUGAAUUCAGAGUUCGUCAUUUGCUUGUAACGACUGUAGUUUGCUUAAUAUCGGUUACGAAGCUUGAAGCCGAGCUUACGAGGAUAGAACGUAGCCCGAAAUCGGACGGAUCAAUCAGCUUUCUGGUGGUCGGAGACUGGGGAAGACAUGGACUCUACAACCAAUCUCAAGUUGCUCUCCAGAUGGGGAGAAUCGGGGAGAAGCUCGAUAUCGAUUUCGUGGUAUCGACGGGCGAUAAUAUUUACGAGAACGGGAUGGAAAGCGUCGACGAUCCCGCCUUCAGGUCAUCGUUCAGUGAUAUUUACACGGCUCAAAGUUUGCAGAAGCCAUGGUACCUUGUGUUGGGGAAUCACGACUACAGAGGAGAUGCCGAAGCACAGCUAAGCCCGAGCCUCAGAUUAAGAGACAACCGAUGGAUUUGCAUGAGAUCCUUCGUCGUGGACACUGAAAUCGCGGAACUUUUCUUGGUCGACACCACUCCUUUAGUGGAUGCGUAUUUCCUCCACCCACAGGGCCAAAAAUACGACUGGAGAGGUGUACUGCCGAGAAAAUCUUAUAUACGAAAUCUCAUGAUGGAUGUGGAGAUGGCCUUGAGAGAGUCAAGGGCAAAAUGGAAAAUAGUGAUAGGUCACCAUGCAUUAAAAAGUGCUUCCAUCCAUGGCAACACCAAAGAGCUCGAAUCCCUCCUCCUACCCAUCCUUGAGGCGAACAAUGUCGAUCUCUACGUGAACGGUCAUGAUCAUUGCUUGCAACAUAUCAACACACCUCAGAGUCGAAUUCAGUUUUUGACAAGCGGUGGCGGGUCAAAGGCAUGGAGAGGCUAUUACAAGUGGGAUAAGCCAGAUGAGAUGAAGUUCUUCUAUGAUGGGCAAGGCUUCAUGUCGGUUCGCAUAACGAGAACAGAAAUGGGUGCCGUUUUCUACGAUGCUUCCGGCAAUGUGUUGCAUGAGUGGGACACGACCAAAGAGCUUUACAUGGACAUGUAAGGGAAAAAAUAGUGUUGGCCUUAACAACAACCAUUUGAUCUCUUCAAGAAUUCGUUCAUAAUUAACCAAAAUUAUCCCCUUUCUGUUGAA